GUAUCAUUUUUUUUAUUAGAAAAAAACAAAAGGAGGGUAUCAAAGAGCCUUUGUAUUAUUGAAGAUGGGUGAUUCUGUACACAAAAAAAACGCUGGUAAAUCAACCGAUAGACAGAAGGAGAGCCGAUCGGCACACAAACCCUUUCUUUUGACACGCGAGGAUGUGCAGGCCGCAUUUGAGUUUUUUGACACCCAGCAAUGUGGUUACUUGAAUGUGAGCAGUCUAAAAGCCAGGCUCUCGGCUUUCUAUCCGAACCUCACCAGCAAAGAAUACUACUUUUUGCUUGAUAAUAUUGGUGUGGCGAAGGCGACAGCGGGUAGUAGUAACACUGCCGGUAACAGCACCACCAUCACCCUGGAUCAGCUCUGGGAAAUUAUUGACAUGUACCAGGGGGUACUCACUAAUUUGAAUUCAGAAGGGUCAUUGUUAACUCAACCGACGGAAGGAACUGCCACGUCGAGGCACCGAUCUAUUACGGUCAAUGCGGCAUCUACUGUGAAAAAAAUUACAGAGAGCAACACUGACUCAAUGUCGGCAAUAGCCGCUGUUGUCGCGUCUAACGGCAGCAUCGACUUUGAUCCCGUGCAAGAGGCUUUCCGGAUCUACGAUCCUUAUGGAACAAAUUAUAUUGAUGUGAAAACAAUGGCUUACAUCAUGGCUCGCAUUGGUUUCGGGGAGUUAAGUGAUGAGGAGUUGGAUAUUCUAGUGAAAGCAGCAGAUUUUGAUCGCGAUGGUAAAAUUAGCUUUCAGGACUUUCGACGACUGGUCGAAAUGAGGACAGGACACAUAAAAAAGAAUUGA